AUGACUAAAGUUAAUGAAAAGCUUGGUAGUGGGUUAGCUAAGGACACCGAGUUUCGGAAGAAGCUAAAUGCUAUCGUGUGGAACGAGGGAAUCAGCAAUUUGCCCAUCUAUGGGUUGUUGCGAACCACAUCACGCUCAGAAGCAGAAAAUGGUGUAUAUGGUAAAUUCACACGCUCCCACUCCAGCUUGGUAGAGUUCUACAUGCAGUUUGAGAGCGUGUUGGGAACGCAGCGCUACCGACAAGAUAAAUUAAACGCAGAGUGCAAGGGUUACCUACCAGAGUUUAAAACACCAUUAGCUCUUGAGCGCCAUAUUGCACAAGUGUUCACAAUCACUAUUUUUUACGAGUUGCAGAAAGAAAUAGAAGCAGCUUGUUUUGAUUCUUUUGUGGUUGGUUUAUGCCACGAGGGGGAUAGCACCUAUUAUGACAUUGGAGGUGCGGGCAACAUUACUUCAACAGUACACUACAAGGGUGCACAAAUGGAACAAUUACCCACCGAAUACAUUGUGGGCCGUUGGUGCAAACACCUCGACUGCGGUGCAUGCAGGGGCGUACCCCCCAAUGGGAACAUGCCAACACCCGCAGCAACCCAACUAUGGGCCGAGAUAAACACCUGCGUAGGGAUGGUAGGCAAUAGCCUAGAGUGGCAAACGCGGAUGGUCUCAGUUCUUAAGGAUCUUACCACAGAAUUCGCUAGUGACGGUUUAACUGUGAACCCUGUUAAGGGUAACCGUGCUGCAAUCCAAGCAUUAUGCGGCGUGGAGCCACCGGAAAGAAUAACAAUCUUAGCCCCCACCCAAGCGAAAAAUAAAGGUACUGGGAAGCGUAUCAAAAGCAACAGGGAGAUGGCCAUUGAGAAAAAUUCCAAACCCGGAAGAAAGUGCGGAAUUUGCGGGAAAUACGACCGGCAUAACGCCCGUAGUUGCCCUUCAAAGUAA